AUGGCAGAGAAUGGCACCAUGGUGACAGAAUUUGUUCUGAUGGGGUUCCGUUUGCAGGCAGAGCUACAGAUAGGUCUCUUCUUUGUGUUUCUGGCCGUUUUUCUCAUCACCAUGGGGGGCAACCUGGGCAUGAUUGUGCUAAUUCAGAGUGACCUUCGGCUCCAGACUCCCAUGUACUUCUUCCUCAGUCACCUUUCCUUCCUGGACAUUUGCUACUCUUUUGUUAUUGUUCCUCACUUGCUUGAGACUUUGGGGACUGAUAAGAUGAUCAUCACCUAUGAGUGCUGCACCAGCCAAUUCUUCUUUUUCACCCUCUGUGCUAGCACUGAGUGUUUUCUUUUGGCUGUGAUGGCCUAUGACCGCUACAUGGCUGUGUGUAAGCCCCUCCUCUAUGCCACAGCCAUGACACCACAGACCUGCCUGGGGCUGGUGGCUGGGGCUUAUGCUGGUGCCAUGGUCAGUUCUGUGAUCCGCACUGGGUGUACCUUCUCUAUCUCUUUCUGUAAGUCCAAUCAUGUAGACUUCUUUUUCUGUGACCUCCCACCCCUGCUGAAGCUUGCCUGUAGGGAAACCAGGGAGUGGGUAAUCUACCUCUUAGCUUUUGUGGUCAGCACAACCAGCAUUUCAGUGAUUCUUAUAUCCUACUUACUCAUCAUUCAGGUCGUUCUGAGGAUUCAUACAGCAGGUGACAAAGCCAAGACCUUCUCCACCUGUGCUUCUCACAUGACUGCAGUGGCUCUCUUCUUUGGGACACUCAUUUUCAUAUACCUGAAAGGCAACAUGGGCAAAUCCCUUGAGGAAGACAAGGUUGUGUCAAUAUUUUACACUGUGGUGAUGCCCAUGCUAAAUCCAGUGAUCUAUAGCCUGAGAAACAAAGAAGUAAAGGAGGCUCUGAAGAAAGUUUUCAACAGGAUGAGGGUUUCCCAAGCAGAUUAA